AUGAGCUAUCAGGCGCAGUCGGUCUUCGACGCCUCCAAUAUCGCGGCUCUGGCAAAUCACAGACUCAAGUCAAAACCCGGACCAUUCCUGCUCAAGCAUUCACUGUUCCUCCUUCCCAUCUUGGUUAUCGCGUCUCUCGCUCUCCUCCUGCUCACCCUUAUCUUGCCAUCAAUCUAUCGCUUUUUCAAACGCCAUGUCUUUCGGAAAUCCUAUCAGCCUAUACGACUAGAGGACGACGAUGAGGAUGGAGACGCGGAAGCUCCUGCUCCAGAGCAGCCCAUGUACAUGCCAUCUCGAGGGUUCAUGUCGGAUUUCAAGGCACACGUCAGAUCUUUGCAAGAGUACGGAUCAAUUCUGUUCGUCAUGGAGGUCAUCCGAGUCCUGGCACUCGGUGCCUUGUUGGGCUUGAGCAUUGUCGUGGCUAUCAGAGCAGAGUCGCCUUCCGAGGCUCAUGCUCAAUCUGCGGGUGAUGUCGAGGACUGGUCCAAAUGGGGCAAAAAGAAACACAAGAACAAGCACAAGCAUCAUCACAAAACCCAACCCAACUGGGACGACUACACUCAUACCGAAUGGGAGGAAUUUGGAAUCUGCGGUUUCUACGCUUACUGCCUGAUCUUUGCAUUCCUCCUUCUCACACUUCGACCAGCGACUUCUUUCCGGAGGCAUAUCAUUGCACACCUGGACAUGCUAUUACUCCUCGCGUUCUCCCUGUACGCGUACAGAGACCUUUAUCCCCUCGCCACGUACAACUUGAUGCCUCGCGAUGUUAGCGACGUCUUUACCUGGACGCGUGUCGGCUUGCUAGGUCUCGUCUCUGUAGUUAUCCCAAUCAUCAGGCCAAGGACGUACGUCCCCGCGGAUCCCGCUUUCCCCACGCCAAAGGGACAGAUUGCCCCAGAGCAGACUGCACCUUGGCUAUUCCUCGUCUUCUACGAGUUCAUGACUGGUUUAGUGCUCAGAGCCUGGCGAGUUCCUUCGCUGCCUUAUGAGGGUAUGCAUCCCCUCGCCGACUAUGACAAAGCCAGCUUCUUGUACAAGCUACACAUGCCCAAUCUGGACCCCAUCAGGCGACGAGUCGCCGGUCUCAAGUCAAAGCACUUAGUCUUCACUCUAGUCUGGAAUCUCCGUUGGGAUGCGUUUGUGACUUGCUUGAUGUGCGCCAUUACCGCUGCGACGGAAUUGUCUGGUUCUGUAGGCACCAACAUGCUCUUGAAGUACCUCGAGACGGAUGGGAAAGGAGCUACUGUGAGACCUUGGGUUUGGGCCGCAUUGCUCUUCAUCGGACCCGUCAUUUCCUCUCUCACCAUUCAAUGGUACAUUUUCGUCAUGACUAGGGCGUUGAUUCGAUGCGAGUCGAUCAUAUCCAUGUUGAUCUUCGAACACGCGCUUCGUCUAAGGAUGCGAGAAUCGACUGAAAAGGAGGAAAAGGAGGAGCCUAAACCGAUCAACCCUGCACUCAUCGACAUCACCGUUGAGGACAUCGAGAAUGCUCCGGGAAAGCCUCUUCUGCCCUCCGCGCCGGAGCCCACGGUUGUCGAAAGCGAGAAUGGAACUGACGAUACCGAAGUCGGAAGCUCGUCUCAGGCGUCUAACAAGGGCAAGAUAGCUGACAAAAAGGCUGAAAGCCAGGACGGAUCUGAAGAGGGCACCGGUCAGGGCAUUGCAGGAAAAAUCAACGUCUUGAUCGCUGCGGACGUGUCCGCUGUUGUUGAGGGUCGUGACUUCCCCUUGAUCUUUGUCCUGCUGCCUGUUCAACUCGUUCUGUGUGUUGUCUUCUUGUACAACAUCCUCAGCUGGAGUUCCGUGAUUGGAAUGCUGUUCAUGGCCGUCACCCUCCCCGUACCUGGUCUCAUCACGAAAUGGACUGCCGAUAUUCAGAACAAGCGUAUGGCCGCCACCGACGUGCGUGUUGACACCAUCACCGAGGUCGUGGGGGCGCUCCGCAUGGUCAAAAUGUUCGGCUGGGAAGACAGGAUCAAAGAGCGUGUCGCCUCCAAGCGAGAACAUGAGCUCGAUUGGAUCUACAAGCGUCGUCUUGCUUCUCUUGCCAACAUGAUCAUCUACCAGGUUCUGCCGGUUCUCACCAUGGCCAUAACUUUCGCUUGCUACACCAUCGUGCAGAAAAGGGAACUGACUGCCGCCACGGUCUUCACCAGUAUGACUGUCUUUGAUCUCAUCAAGAACCUGUUGGGAAUGACCAUGUAUAUGGUCAGCCAAUUCAUCACCUCUGGAGUAUCUCUCAACCGAAUUGACAAGUUUUUGCGAACCAGCGAUCUUACAGACGAAUUCACUGAAGGCUACACGAACACUUGCAACUCUCCAGAAUACCUCGAAGCGAAGCAAAAGGGCCUUAUUCGAAUCAAAGACGCCAUAUUCUCGUGGGGUGUCGAGAAGACCACGACAAAUGCCAACUUCUCCAUCCGCAUUCCAGACAUCACGUUUGCCAAGGGUAAAAUCAAUUUGAUCACUGGUCCCACGGGCAGUGGAAAGAGUUCGCUUUUGAAAGCAUUGAUCGGCGAACUCCAUUUCAUUGGGGGAAAGGACUCGUUUUACCAUCUGCCGCGAGAAGGAGGGGUUAGUUAUGCCGCCCAGGAAAGCUGGCUCUUGUCAGAAACGCUCAAGGAGAACAUCCUCUUUGGAGAGGAGUUCAACGCUGAGCGAUACAACAAAGUCAUUAAGGCUUGUGCUUUGGAAACAGAUCUCAAGCUUUUGGACGACGGCGAAGACACCGAGAUCGGAGAGAAGGGGGUGACCCUCAGUGGUGGUCAAAAGGCUCGUGUGACGCUUGCGAGGGCAGUGUACAGUCCUUCGGCGGUUGUUCUUCUCGAUGACAUCUUUUCCGCUCUGGACACUUUGACUUCGAGAUUCAUCCUUGAACAUCUGUUCAAGGGAGACUUGAUGAAAGAUCGAACGGUCCUGCUCAUUACUCACCACGUCCAUUUUGCCGCCCCUAUCGCCGACUAUAUGGUCUCUCUCGAUGAGUCUGGCCGGGUCAAGAAGGCCGGGCCCAUUGAUCAGACUCCGGAUAUCACCCCGCCGGAUUCUCCUGAGCUCAUGGCUCAACAAAACACCCUCCAGGUGAAGGAGAUCGAUACAGAGGGCGAUUCCAAGGCUAAGGCGGAGGACAAGACCAAGCAUAAGCUGAUUCAAGACGAGGAGAAGAGUGAGGGGAGAAUAUCUAAAAAGGCUAUGUUCUCCUUCUUUUCCAAUUUUGGCGGUCCUGUUUUCUGGCUUACUUUCUGGUUCCUUUUGAUUGGUGGUCAAGCCGUCGUGGCCUACCAGUCUUACUGGCUUGGUCGAUGGGCACGCGCUUAUCAACAAGCUGCAGACUGGCACGAUGUUUCCAUCAAGUACUACCUUGGGUUCUACAUGAUCUGGGUUGCAGUUGCCAUUUUUAUGACGACGUUUUCAACCGCUCUCUACUACCUCGGCGCCAUCAAGGCUUCCCGUGUUCUUCACCGUCGACUGGUGGACUCGAUUUUCGCAGCCUACGUCCGAUUCCUUGACACUACCCCCGUUGGUCGAAUUAUCAGUCGAUUCACCAAAGACAUGCGAUCCAUCGAUGGUAGUUUUCCUGAGACUGCUGAGGGCGUCUUUGAGAUCAGUGUCUCCCUCAUUAUCAAAUUUGUCAUUGUGGUCUCUUUGGUCCCUCUCUUCUCUAUCCCGGCCAUCGUUAUUGGAGCGAUUGGAGGAUUCAUGGGGGAGAUGUACAUUCACAGUCAAUUGAGUAUCAAGCGUGAAAUGUCCAACGCCAAGUCGCCCCUUUUCUCUCACUUCUCUGCUGCCGUCAACGGUAUCGUGUCUAUCCGAGCGUACGGAGCUCAAGACAAGCUUCGCCGAGAAGCGCAGAGACGUGCUGAUAAGUACACGCGCGCUGGACGAAACUUUUACAACCUCAAUCGAUGGAUCACUAUCCGUGUAGACAUGCUUGGAGCCCUCUUUGGAGCCCUUCUUGGUGCUUUCCUCGUAUACGGUCCACGAAUGGACGCCUCGACAUCUGGAUUCGCCCUGUCCCAGGCCAUAUCAUUUUCAUCCAUGAUUCUCUGGUGGAUUCGAAUGGUGAAUGAAAUGGAGGUUGAAGGCAACUCGGUCGAGCGAAUUGAAGACUAUCUCAAGAUCGAACAAGAGCCAGCUUCAGAAACCAAGAAACAGCCUCCCGCUUCUUGGCCUACAUCUGGAGAGAUCGUUCUUGAAAACCUCUCCGCCUCAUACUCGAAGGGUGGUCCCAUCGUCCUUGACAAUCUCAAUAUCAGGAUCGCCAGUGGAGAAAAGGUCGGAAUCGUCGGCAGGACGGGUAGUGGGAAGUCUACGCUAUCCUUGGCAAUGCUGCGACUCAUCCCGACAACUGGCAGUGUCAUCAUUGAUGGGCGAAAGACGGAAAACGUCAAUUUGAACGCUCUUAGAUCCAACGUGACCAUCAUUCCUCAAGACCCUAUCCUGCUUUCUGGAACUUUGCGAUUCAACCUUGAUCCGUUUGACGAGCAUGAAGAUGCGGUCUUGAACGAUGCGCUGCAGGCGUCCGGACUAGGUAGCGUCUCCAGAUCAAGCUCUGGGUCAGCGACUCCGCAACGAUUGACUCUCGAUUUCCAAGUCGCCGCGGCGGGUGGAAAUCUGAGUCAGGGACAACGACAAUUGGUAGCUCUUGCUCGUGCCUUGGUUCGAUCGAGCAAAGUAUUGAUCUUGGACGAAGCUACGGCUUCAGUCGAUUUCGAAACCGAUGCUCUGAUCCAAAAGUCGAUUCGAAACUUGCCUAGCUCGACGACUGUCCUGACCGUUGCUCACCGACUCAGUACUGUCAUGGACUAUGACAAGAUUCUGGUUUUAGGCGCGGGUAAAGUUUUGGAGUUUGACUCGCCUGGGAAUUUGAAACAGAAGAAGGGCAGCUACUUUGCCAAGUUGGUCAAGGCUAUGGAUGGAUAA